UGCUGCUGAUCUUAAAUAAACGCCUAUAAAAAUUAUUAAAGUAAUAGCAAAAUAUUCCUAAAAAGUGCAGAAAAUUUAAAUAAAAGAUGGUUGAUCGUUUGGUGAAUUCGGAAGCAAAUUCCAGACGCAUAGCCAUGGUCGAAAACUGUUUUGGCAGUUCGGGCGUGCCUUUAGCCAUACCAGGACGGGUAUUGGUUGGUGAGGGUGUAUUAACCAAAAUGUGUCGAAAACGGCCCAAGUCUAGGCAGUUCUUUCUUUUUAACGAUAUUUUGGUGUACGGAAAUAUUGUCAUAGGAAAGAAGAAAUACAAUAAACAACAUAUAAUGCCUUUGGAAGAGGUUUCAUUGGAGAACAUUGAUGACUGUGUACAAUAUCGCAACGGAUGGUUAAUACGGACAACAACAAAAUCGUUUGUAGUAUGCGCUGCAACAGCAACUGAAAAACAAGAAUGGAUGGCUCAUAUUAACAAGUGUGUAGAAGAUUUACUCCGUAAAUCUGGUAAGAAGCCUGUAGAAAAUCAUGCUGCCGUUUGGGUACCAGAUGCGGAGGCAACUGUUUGCAUGCACUGCAAGAAAACUCAGUUUACAAUGAUCGUGCGACGUCAUCAUUGUCGCAACUGUGGAGCUGUCGUAUGUGGUCCUUGCUCCUCUAAAAAGUUCUUGUUGCCACAACAGAGCACCAAACCACAACGUGUUUGCACCUCUUGUUAUGAACGUCUCAGCAAAGCUGUUAAGCAAGAAUCGUCCAAAAUUCAUUCUGCUGUCAACAACCAAUCUCACAAUGACUCACACGCCAAUACGGCCGAAUCAUCAGGCGAUGAUGAUUCCGAUGAAGAGACGAACGGUGCUGGCACCGAACAACAUGAUCAACCGAAAUUUUAUGGUGAUACCAGCAUUUUAUCAGUUAAUGAUGCUACAAAGAAUGAAACGUCCUCUUCAGCCACACAGCUGAACUCUAGUCACUCACCCAGUAACUGAUAUUUGCAUAAAUUGGAAAAAGGUUGGGUGUGGGUGGUUAAGAAAUCGAAAUGAGAAGCGAUCAUUAUUAAAAUGUUAUUAAAACACCAGUUGUUAUUAUAGCAGUUAAUUUUUUUUUAAUUUAAUAUAUGUAAUUAUUUAAAAGAUUGCCUUAUGCACUUCGUUUAUCAACGUUUAUCAAUGGCUAAAUUGUUCUACGGUUAUUUCGUAAAGAC